AUGAGCAUGCUUUCAGCUGAAGUCACAGAAUGGGGUCAAACUCCCAGACCUGUAAAGGUUGUCCCACCUCAAGCCCCAACCAACGACAGUGAAACUGAGAUUCGUGUCCUCGCUACUGGUCUUCACCAACUCGUUCGCUCACGAACUGCUGGCAAACAUUACACUGCUACUGAACUUCCCCACCGUCCUGGUGUCGACGGUGUAGGCGUUAAUGUAUCAACCGGCAAAAACGUCUACUUUUCUCUACUUGGUACCACGGGUGGAAGUUAUGCUGAGAUCGUCAACGCUCCUACUCGCAGUAUCGUCGAGUUGCCUGAUGGCGUUGAUCCCGUCGUUGCAGCAGCCAUGAUCAAUCCUGUUAUGGCGAGCUGGAUGGCCCUACGAAAACGUGUUGAUCUCAAGGAUAAAGGAUUCAAAGUGUUUAUCAACGGUGUUACAACAGCAAGUGGGAAAAUCGCUAUUAAAGUUGCUCGUCACCUCGGCGCAACAAGUGUCGUCGGUUCAGCACGCAACCAAGAAGCUUUAUCCAAGCUUGAUCUUGACGCGAGCGUAAUUCUCGCCUCAACACCCACCGAAACGGAUUUCACGUCCGCCGCAGAUGCAGAUAUCGUGCUUGACUUUUUAUACGGACCAUGGCCUAACGCGUUUUUGUUGAGUGCUAGUACAGCAUCUGCGAAGAAUGCGAUUACGUGGAUUAAUAUUGGAAGUAUGGCUGGUGAUGGGGGAGAUAUUUCGGCCAUGGGGUUGAGGAGGAGAGAUGUUACGGUGCGGGGGUCUGGGCCUGGGUCGUGGGAUCCUAAAGAGCUGGGAGCUGAGACGGUGGGGAUGUUGAAGGUUCUUGUGGGUGUGGGGAGUGAUGGGUUGAAGAAGUACAGGUUUGAGGAUGUUGAGAAGGGGUGGAAUGAUAAGGGGAGGGAUAGAGUUGUUUUUGUGUUUGGGGAAGAGAGUGAGAAGUUGUAG